AUGGUAAUUUUGGAGACCAGGAUUUUUUUUUACCACCGAAUUUCUCUCUCCUGCCUCACUCUUCUUCCUCGCGACACAGCCCCCCCUGUUUCAACCCGCCACCUUCUCUCCUCCAUAACUACCGCCACAGUGAACCACCGGCCACGAGACCGGAUUCGUUCGAACCGUCAGCCUUCCCCCAUCACUUCCCGACCAGCCUCAGUCAUCGCCGACCUCGGAGUUCAUCGGAAAACUGGAGAAAAUCCGCCGGUUUCAAUCAAUUUCACAACCUUCAAUCUCCGUCGUCCGCUACCAAAUCGGACGAUCAAGGCACUCGGGCACCAGUUGACCCGCAGGAGGGACCUUCCAAAGGUCCAGCGAGCUCGGACCAACCGUUGCCUUCGGAUUUUAUCAGUUGCCUUCGGUUUAGUCAGCAUGCUUGACAGCUGCCCCACGAGUUCUAUGGUACCCGGACUCGUGUGGAGCGAGGACGCGGAUCAGGUUGACCAAGGUCCCCUGAAUCCUGCGAGGUUGCAGUUCGGAUUGACUUUGUGUCACCGAGACCUGCGAGGACGUGUCACCAAUGGUGAUGCGAGGGGAAUUGACGGAUAUCAAGAAUUGACUGAAACAAAGGGGUACACCUAG